GGUCCUUAUGUCGGACCCCAAGCAAACACUGCAAAUUCGUUUUGGGCUCCAUGCUCUUGUAGAAGUUCUAGUUUGUGGCAUUAACGCAUUCAUUCAUGUUUGUGAGUGGUUUUUCACAUUUUAAAACCCCCGUGGUGUCCCUAAGUUACCAUGAUGCCCGGAGAGACUCAGGCGAGAACCGCAGGAGUUGCUCCAGACGGAACGGCUGGAACUUGUCAAAACUGCGCUGUGUUGAAUGAGACACUGCACGAAUACAUGACAUCGUUUUUGGCACUAAAGCAGAAGAUCAUCGAAACAGAUAAAGUAUUGAACGAGUUCAAAGACAAAUGCGAUGAGCUUCAGAAAACGCAAAGGGAAAAUGCUGACCUCCACAGUCACCUAGAUGAGUUGCUCCUGAACGUGGCUCCUUUUGAUAGCCUACACAAGGAAGAUGUAUAUAUGCAAGAGGAACUGCAGAGGACAAAGGGUUUUCUGAAGCAAUGCCAAGAUGGACCAGCAGACCUGAGGAACAGGGACCCUGAGGCCCAGACUUUGAAGGACAGAAUUAUUUUUCAACUCAAAAUUCUACAAGACUCAAAUCUCAAGCAGAGUGGUGUUGUCACCUCGCUCCAAAAUGAAAAUGAAUCCUUGGAGAAUAAACUGCAGCAAACACAAGAAAAGCUGCAAAAACUGGAAAAAGAAAUAAACAAAGAAAAGAAGAGCUCUGGAACACAAACCGAAAGGAAAGAGCUAUGCAGCACAGUGGUGCAGACGGAGACCGCAGAGAGGAGCAGCACAGCCGUGCAGACAAACCCCACACACACGGCCAGUGUGCUGGUGCAGACCGACCCUACGGAGGAGAGCAUGAUGGAUCUACGCAAAAUAAGGGAGCUGGUGACCGGCCUUUGGCAGUGUGUGCUGCCCCAGUCACUGUCCGAAAUGCCUCCCCAGCUAGGAUCCUUGACAUGUCACUCUCCUUUGGUUCGACCAGUUAGUCCGGCUGGGGUUCCAGUGCCUAAGGAACGUCUUCACAUGUCACCUGUACCUCUGUCUCCUGCCAAUGUGCCAAGAACCCCUGUCCGAACUCCUGCCAGGCCAGCUGUCCGAACCCCUGGCAGGCCAGCUGCCCCCUGUGGGAAAGCCCCUUUGCCAGCGGAGGAGAUUUUGGACUUGUUCAGAUGGCUGCCCCCUCUGCUCUCACCUAUUCCCAGCCCUGUCCUUCAGAGGAGUAACGUGGAGGAAGACUUGCAGUUAUCAGACGAGGAGGACGAGGAAGAGCUCCAGACAUUCAAGCAGGAAGACGUGAAGGAGGCCGCAUUCCUCGCUAACGGCUUCAAGACGAACGGUCAGCUCCGCUCUCCUGAGUCCCCGUCUGAGGUCAAGUUCCAUCAGACCUCCCUCUCCGACACACACGGACAAACCACAGACCGGAAAAGCGAGGCUGUCUGUCUCCGCAUGUCCGUUAACGGAAAGAGCAGAAGGACUGCGGCUCCUGUGCCGGCGAGCGUUGGGUCCCCUGGUGAGCGAGAAGGACAUGGGGAAGAGAUGGCGAGCGUUGAUGAUGUCAUGGAGUCUGAGGUGGUCAGGGAUGUGGUGAUUCCUUCAGCGGAGGCGUGUGGUGAUGGCACUGCUGAUAUGGAGUGGGACCCCACUUCAGUGGACGGCCUGGAAGGUGUUCACACUGACCCUGCUGUUGGGUCCGGCACAGAACCAUAUCACAGCUCUGGGUUUGGAGUUACUAAUGGGGUCGGACUCUUGGAGACCAAAGAGGAUAACACUGAACUCAAAGACAGUCCUCUGAGAAAUGGCCCUGCUACUCUUAAGCCUGUAGACGACUCAGAGAUGAUUGUGUGCAAUGUUGAGCUGCAUGAGGAGCAAAUAUCAUUUAUACAACCUCCUUUGACGGACUUUGCCUCAACUCCGAAACCUCAAGUCAAAGAUCAAAUUGUGAGAAUUAGUAAGAAAUGCACUGGUGAGGCUCUGGGGUCAGAGUCAUUGAAUGGAAUACAGAACGCCCAUGAUCUGAACCAGAAUGAGGUCCAGAACACUGUGUCCUCUGGAGUGGGACAGAAUGGACAAUGUCCGAAUCAUCAUGGCCCAGUGAAUUCUAGAAUCAGAAGAGAACAGAAGCAGAAUUCCUCCAGUCACACUCCUGAUGUGGGGAACACAGCUUUGAGAGACGAGUGUCAGAAUGGACAACAUCAGACGUCUACUGAUGUGAGAAGCAACGCAGACCUGUCUAAGGGCACGUGUGGAGCUCGCAGGGGGAAACCCUCGGCGGACGUGUGUGGGGACAUCGAAUCCUCCGAGGAUUACCGCACUCCGCAGCGCAAGGUCCGCGUAGCCCACUCCCGGCGGGAGAGCCAGCAGCCCGCUGAAAGCAUUAACGGCACCUCGGUGGAGGGGGGGUCGAAAGAGAAACCCUCAAAGGAUCUCACAUGUGGUACAGAUACUCAAACUCCAAGCAGUCCAGUGGCGCGGGGUGGUGUGGAUGUCUGGUGUGUUGAUGAAGACGUUGACCUUGCGACUAACAAAAACACCGAACGGUCACGUGUGAGCCGUGGAGAUACAACGACAAAUAGCAUUGAUGCUCCUCCAGCGCUGCAGAGUCAAGAAGACCCACAGCCUGAGGUGGAAGAGCAGAUGCAGGAGCAUCCACAGCGUACACAAGAGAACUCCAAUGGACACAUGCAAGAGGAGGACGCACGUGUGCCUGAUGUUCAAUCUCCAGACAGGCCGGUCAUCACCAAUGGCACAGCCACACUCAAGCAUUCAGCUGAUGGAGUAGUCCAUACAAAUGGCUUUGGAGGCUCACAUUGUGCAUCAGAGGAUGAUGGCAGCUACACCAGGGUCAAAGGCCUGCUGGAAUCUCUUCAGCCUGUCUCUACAGCGUCCUUAAUCUCUCCUAGGGAGUCGGUCCGAAACAUUCGCUCGAUGAUGGGCCCCCCUCUCCGCCCUCUGCUUCCUCCUCUGAUGUCCACCCCUCCCAAGCCCGGUAGACUGGACCCGUGUGGACUCGCAGCGUCACCAGAUGGCUCUGAGGGGGCUGUGGCGAUAUCUCCUUCUCCCCCGCCACCACCACCACCGCUACCGCCACCCCUGACAACCCCGUCCCCCUGCAAAAGCGUCCACUCCUCCCCGCUGCAGUUCGGCUCGGCCACGCCCAAACACGCCGUGCCGGUCCCCUGCAGGCACCCGGCGCCGCUGAACCCCGCGUCUCCUGCCACGCCCGCCCAGGCCCAGGAGAACUCCAUGCAGAUGCUGGACUCCAUGUACCCGGAGCUGUCGGCUCAGGCGCGGACGCUCAACAUCCUGCGCGGGAACGUCUGCAAACUCGUCCGGCCCGGUCCCGCCCCGGCCCCGAAACCCAGCACGCCCCCUCAGGCCCCCGGCAGCCACGCGGCGUCCGGCUUCAACUCGGUGACCACGGCCUUCACCAAAACCCAGCAGGCGGGCAAGCGGUCCGGGACCAACGUGCUUUUGCCAAAGAGUGCCAAAAAGUUACGCCUAGGCAACUCUCCUGUGACUGUUAGCGCAAGACCGCCGUCAGACCUCGCCAUAGAGCCCUUACCGACCGACAGGGAAUCGAAAGAGCCACAGACCCCUAACGGCUUGCACGUUGUAAAGAAUGAACGGAUUGCUCCACUGGACAAUGCAGGAAGCAGCAAAGAAUGUGUUAUUUCUCAGGCUCUGGCUAAACUGGGAAGCUCUUGCUUUGAUUUGCUGGUAGUGGUUAAAAGUCAUGUCUUCGUCCUUCAAAGGAUCUCUUCUGUCCCCAUACUACGAGAUGAAGAGAAGGAGUUGGUUUCCGAUUUCUGCACAACACAUAAGUCUUUGACCGAGGACUUCCUGUCAGCCAUUUUGGCUCAGCUGAAGGCAGAGAGGACGACUUUGGGUGGGGAUCACCUCCAGAGCCUCUGUCGAGUCUAUACCGCACUGUGCCGCCAGAACAAAGAUCGGCUCAAGGCCAACACCCUGGCCUAUAGUCUCCUGAAGGAAGACUUCCCGGACGCUGCCAAACACCUCCUGUUCAUGGUGACCACCUGGCCGAGCUUGCUGACCCGUGAGAGCACCCUGUGCAGAGCCAUCCACUCCGUCGCCCGCACACGGGCGCAGGCAGACAUCCUCCGCUGUCUCAACGCCUACCUCCACUGGGACUCGAACCCUCCCUGUGACAUACCUCAGCUGAUUAACAGCACAAUGAUGGCCCUACGCACUGGAGAGAACAUGCAGUUUCAGCCCCACAGUCGCCACGGUGACGACCUUUGCCCCACGUCGUGGGAGUACAUCUUCACCCUUGACCUCCUGUGUACGCAUCAGAAGUGGAAGUGGACGCAUGACAACAUCAUCCGCAAUGACCUUUGGCCCAUAAUGAAUGCGUGGGUGACCCAGCCGCGGACACAGAAGGGUCCCAUCCAGGACGUGACUGUGGCCGCGGUUCUCCGACUGAUCGGGAGACUGGGGCAGCAGGGCAUUAAGGAGAAGUACUCAGCUGCCGUCCGCAAGAUGGCCUCCGUCAUCAACAUGCUCGGCAAGCAAGGACAGGCUGAAGGGGUGCUGUGGGAAGUGCAGUUAGCGGCGGCCUAUGCCAUAUACGACCUGUCACCUAGCAACCCCAAAGAGGCCUUGGCAGCGCUGGCAGAGUGGCGUGGGGAGGCGACGGGGCCUGUGCCCCCCGGAAUCACCAGCUGCCUAACGCAGAUCUCCUCACUCAGCAGGAAGGUCUCGUCCUGAGAAACACACACACACAGACACAGACUUUCCAUAACUCCUCUCAUAGCACCUUGGACUUUGCAGCAUCUUCAUGUUUCUAUUUGUAUUUGUUUAGUUCAGUUUUAAAGCCGACUGGGCUGGGAAGCUGGACCCUCUCAUAGCCUCACACUUGUCUUUGUAAAUAUGUCUUUUGUAAGAUUGUCUUUUGUAAAUAUACCAAGAAAAGCCUUUAUUUGUGUAAAUGAAACUCAAAGCUUUGAGCACUGUAGUAAAGUAAUAAUGACAUGUACAACUUCCCAUAAUAAAAUUUCUUACUGCGUUUGUA